AGUCAUUCAACAGACGUAUCGGCGAGAGGUUGCAUGGCGCAGUGCAUGACAGGUCCAAAUGGCAAAGUCAGCAGAGGACGGAGAGGAGGUGUUUGCUGUAGACGACUCUCAAGACACCCUGGAAUUGGACGUCCUUGUGGGCCACAUAGAGAACAUUAUUUUAAGUGAUGAAUUUGUAGCACUAAGGGAGAGCUUUAUGCAUGAACACUGCCACAAGUUUGAGGACACUGAGGAGAACAAACUGGAAUACACGGAUAUUUUCACACAAUACACAAAGUUGAUUGAAGGCCACAUAGAGAAUGAGUUGUCAAGCAGAGAAAAAGGGUUUAACAUGAAUGCCUUCCAAGAGUUAAUAAGCAAGAGUGAAGCCAUUGACGGAGAGGUUUUCGAUCUGUUGUUAACUUUCACAGACUUUUUAUCAUUUAAGGAUGCCAUGCUAGAGGCCAAAAAGAGUACAGAAGAUGGAUCUGCCAGAUUACUGGACCUGCUCCAAGUAACACGAUUGAGUUCUUAGAAGAAUGUUGAUAGGUGUUGGACCAACUUUUUAAAAUCUGUAAUUGGUGAUGAUAGAGUUUUAUAGGUGGAAGGGGGGAGAAAAAAAUAAAAUUAAACAUCUGGAUGUUGAUACUCUCUAAUGCCAAAAGCUGUAAGCAUUCUAAAAUGUAUAUUUCUGUAAGAAAAUGUCCCUUUCUCACUCCCUGUCCUAAUUUUGAAAUAAGUGGAGGAUUUUGACCUGCUCAUUCCACCCAAUGGCCACGUCACUGUUUGUAAUGUAUUGGGUUUGCUGUUGUGUUACUGUGAUAGGGAAUCAAAGAGGCAUAUGUUUGGAGCUGAGUUUAGUGAAAACUGUUGUUUUGAGUACUGGUCAGUACUAAUAGUGAAAUACCAAUGAUUCUCAAGGGUAAUGUUUACAAGGGAUGCAAGAUGAUAUGUAAAUCAUUUGCUGGAAUAUGAUUAUAGUGAUGCGCAGUAUAAAAAUAUAUGCUUAAACGUUUGCUUUUAUUUAAAAUGGUUUUGGUGUAUGUUGGUGUACAAGCUAUAUUUAUUUGUUGAGCAUUUACUUAGAUUUAAUUUUUUUUAUCAUAGCAUGGCAUUUCAUUAUGCAACUGCAAUAGAUAUUUCCAAAAUUUGUUUUAUUUUUUGAGUGAAAUAGGAAAUAACAAAAAUUCCUUUCUGAAAGCUCCAAAAACUUUUGAAACAUUAUGAUUUAAACCUCCAACAUAUUCCUUGAUAUUUUCUUAUAUACCAAAUGUCUGUGGCGUUUUAGCUUCUUUAAGAAAUCACAACCAAAGUCGAAGUUUUUUUUAUAAAAUGAGGUUAUUUUUUUUCAUCUAGGUAAGAUAAAUUGGUAUAAGAAAUUAAUUGUAUUGUAUUUAGAGUUAUCUUUAAUCUUCUCUUUGGUGUCUUAGAAAGUAGAUUAUCACCAAUUGUGGACCAUUUUAAGAGAACACAAAGUGUUAAAAGGCCUCUCAGUCACUAUACAAUAAAGUAACAAUUAUGUUAUAUAUAUGAAAAUAAAACUGUUGUAUUAUUAGAUAGUUCUAGAUGCUGUAACAAAUUAGCAACAAUAUGUUGUAGAUUUUAUAUUUUGUAAUUUCAUAUGUUUAUUUUCAUGUUGCAUGAAAAUUUGGAAGAGAUUUCAUCAUGCAGUACAAUUUGUAAUGAAAUGUAUUUAUUAUGAAUGAAUGCAUAUUUUCUUCUAUUUGUGUGUGAUUAAAUAUAUGCAUAGUGAUGAUUGAGGACCAUUUAUGUUUAAGUAUUGUCAGAAAUAGUAAUCUCACACUGGUUAAGUAGAAUAGUUGCUAUGUUAUGAUAUCAUGUAAGCUAAAUCAAGACAAUUGAACUAUGCAUUAAAAUGGGGAGUCUUAUUCAAUAAGUGAUGAACACAUUAAACUUUAUUUAAUGAGGUU